UUUAAAAAAACAAACUGAUGGUGUCAUGUUACAUCCUCGACCCGCCCAUCCUAUCAGACUAGUGCUCUGUCAGGUUUGCGUUUUAUCUUGAAACCAGAACGCAACACUCGGAAGACGGCGAUAUGGCAGCACGGCGCUUCUACGACCUCUCAGCUCGACUGCUGUCAGGAGAAACCUUCCGAUUCUCGGCGCUGCGGGGAAAAGUUGUUCUCAUCGAGAAUGUUGCGUCUCUCUGAGGAACAACAACCAGGGAUUACACCCAGAUGAACGAGCUCCACUCCCGAUAUGCUUCGGAUGGUCUCGUUAUCCUGGGUGUUCCCUGUAACCAGUUCGGACAUCAGGAGAAUAGCAACAAUGAUGAAAUCUUAAGGUCUCUGAAGUAUCUCCGUCCUGGAAAUGACUUCCAACCAAAGUUCCAGCUGUUAGAGAAGGUACAAGUCAACGGAAAGGACGCCCACCCUUUGUUUGUCUACUUGAAGGAAAAGCUCCCGUUCCCCUGUGACAAUUCUAUGGCACUGAUGUCUGAUCCGAAGUCCAUCAUCUGGAGUCCUGUUUGUAGAAAUGAUGUGUCCUGGAACUUUGAGAAGUUCCUUGUCGGCCCUGAUGGCGAGCCUUACAAGCGCUAUAGCAGAAGUUUUCUUACCAUUGACCUUGAGAAAGAUAUUAAGGAGUUACUCCAAAGUGCGAAGUCAUAAUGCGAAGACGGUCACAUUGUCAUUUCACAUUCUCCUCAAAAGCAAAUCUAAGAUAUAUUCUGUGUCUGUGGCAAGAAGAAACUAAAUCUUUUAGUUUCAAUUGUAUUUAAUGUAGAUGAGUUGAACCCCUAUAUCUAGCACUUUUGAACAAAAACAAAGGCACUCAUAUUGCUAUACAGUCAGUUUACCCAAUGAUGGUGCUUCUGUAAACAUUUCUAUGUGAGGAGUGCUUGAUGAAAAUGUAAAUGUCUGUAUUUGCUUCAUGUGUUCACCAAUGAAAAUGUAUUUUGCGCAUCCAUGUUAGAGAAAAAUAAAGUAUA